CCUCGGUUUCUGCUGUCGCCCCAAGAUGGCGGACACAAUGAGCCGGCGCCGCGCCGGUUGGCCCUGAGGCGACUGUGAGGAGAAACGGUCGGCGAGGCCCCACAGUCCAGGCAGAAGAGCGUUGCCCGAGCAGGAGGGAGAAGAAGAGGCGAUCUGACUGUCGGCCGCCCUCCCUUUCGCCACCGACGAGGCUCCCGCCCCGCCCGGAUUGGCCCCUCGGCAACCCGCCUGCUCGCCCGCCGCCGGGCCCCGCCCCGGCCCUGCUCCGCCGCUGCCUUUAGCAGCCGCCGCCAUGAAGCUGACCGACAGCGUGUUGCGGAGCUUCCGCGUCGCCAAGGUGUUCCGCGAGAACUCGGACAAAAUUAACUGCUUCGAUUUCAGCCCUAACGGCGAGACGGUCAUCUCGAGCAGCGACGACGACUCCAUCGUGCUCUAUGACUGCCAGGAGGGCAAACCAAAGAGAACCCUGUACAGUAAGAAAUAUGGCGUGGACCUCAUCAGAUACACUCAUGCGGCAAACACAGUUGUUUACAGCUCUAACAAAAUAGAUGAUACUAUUCGUUACCUGUCCUUGCAUGACAACAAAUACAUCAGAUACUUUCCUGGACAUAGCAAAAGGGUGGUAGCCUUGUCCAUGUCACCUGUGGAUGACACUUUCAUUUCUGGGUCUCUUGAUAAGACCAUUCGACUCUGGGAUCUCCGGUCUCCCAACUGCCAGGGUCUCAUGCAUCUACAGGGCAAGCCAGUUUGUUCUUUUGAUCCAGAAGGGUUAAUUUUCGCUGCAGGUGUCAACUCUGAAAUGGUCAAACUUUAUGACCUUCGUUCUUUUGAUAAGGGGCCAUUUGCGACCUUUAAGAUGCAGUACGAUCGGACUUGUGAGUGGACAGGACUUAAGUUUAGCAAUGACGGAAAGCUUAUCCUCAUCUCCACCAAUGGCAGCUUCAUCCGUCUCAUUGAUGCAUUCAAGGGAGUGGUGAUGCACACAUUUGGGGGUUAUGCCAACAGCAAAGCUGUCACACUGGAGGCUUCAUUUACUCCAGACUCUCAGUUUAUUAUGAUUGGUUCAGAGGAUGGCAAGAUCCAUGUCUGGAAUGGAGAGAGUGGUAUAAAAGUAGCUGUGCUGGAUGGUAAACACACAGGCCCCAUUACCUGUUUGCAGUUCAACCCCAAGUUCAUGACGUUUGCCAGCGCAUGUUCCAACAUGGCCUUCUGGUUGCCCACCAUUGAUGACUGACCUUGAUGCUACUUGGCUGUUUCUGUACAGUAAGGGCAGCCAGCAGGAAAAAACUCAGAGGGGACUGAGAUAAUAGUGGGAUUGGAUCAUUUGACUGGGCUGGAGAACAUCCUUUCACUUGGCCUUCCCAUGGAUGUGCUGUACAUCUGCUCAAAAGAAAAAAAUUACUUUGCUGAGCUUCUUCAAAAGGACUCUUGGUGCGGCAGACUCAAUAGGGACUCAGCUUUUCCAGCUGUCACUGCACCAAGCUCCUUCAGAGCAGUGGCCAGACUUAUGAUUAGAGUAUAGUGGGGCUCUCAAGACACCUUCAAUUUUGAAUGUAUUUGCUGCUGAGGAGCCGGUGAAGUCGUCAGUUCUGCACAUCCCUUCUCUCACCCCCAUAAAUGCAUGGGAAGUCACAGUUCUGGUUUUGAGAUGCUAGGGCAGCUCAGUGCCCUGUGCCCUCACACUGCAUGUCUUGUUACUGGGUCUCCAUGUGUAAUUGUGGCAUUAUUCCACAACCAUCAUGUUUUUUUGGUGCCAAACAUUUACAGAAAUAAGUCUUCAUAUAUCUUGGGGUCAGAGAAAGGGACAAAUACAGAAGGACUUUGCUUGCCAGGGAGCCUUGCAGUUAGUGUGUGAGGGUGGGUGGUCUGGGCAGGCUUCAGGCUCUGGGUGUUGGGUGGGAAAAGGCCCAAAAGCCUGAAAGGGAGGGAAGGUGGUAGCAGGUAAGUUCCUAGGGCUGAAAGGUUUAGCAGCAGCCUGGUGCAGUCCUCCAUCAUCAAGACAAACCUGCAGUUCUCCUGGGUGCCUACCAAGCUUGGUUUGUACGAAAGCAAGGUAGGAGUUUAUUUUUGUACAUGAGAUGCAUCACGCUUUCCUGUGGGCCAGUAUUGUGGAGUGAGUCUUAGUUGUUUACACUGAUGCCUUUCCUGCCCACCACAAAUUGUGUAUAUAGUCUCCAGGUGAUACCACCCCUUUCUGCAGCUCCCAACCAAGAGCUGGUUCUAGGCCUGUGUUAUAUGUUAUAUUUAGCCUUUUUAUAUAUGACUUUUGCUUUCUAUUGUUUGUAUCUUAACACAGUGUGUGCACCUUCAUUUAAAUAUAUCUGUGCAUACAUGUAUGCACAUGUAUAUGUGUGUGUAUGCAUCUCUCUCUCUCUCUCUCUCUCUGUCUCAUCUUAGUUUCUCAGAGUUCAGCCGAAGGAGAUGGAGUCCUACAGCCCUGGAGAAAGACUGCAUCCUUGCUAAUAGUGUUUGCCACAAGUGUUAGUGAGUCUUCCCUAUUACCUUUUUCCCUUUGGGAGACUGAAUGAAGCAAAGCUUCUAGUGUUUGCUGUUUCCAUGGCAGCUAAGUGAGGGUCUUGGAAUGACUCCCUUGUGUUCCUCAAGCUGCACUUUGGGGCCCUCUUUGCAGUAUUAGCCCCCUUUUUGCCUGGUGAUGCUCUGUCUGCAUCUGUGUGUGACAGUCACUCUUGCAUGGCUUAUGUCUGGUUUGUGGCAUUUGGGGAGAGGAUGCUAGAACCAGAGCAUUUUCAGUUUGUUAGAGGCUUCUUUGUCAUUUACAGGUCACUCCCAUGUAUCUGGUAUGUCUGCUUUGUUGCUACUUUUCCUUGCUUUCUCUUGGGAGAGGAAGGGGCUUUAGCCAGGCCCAGGAUGAGAUGAGCUACAGCUGGUCAUGGCUUUUUCUUCCCCUGCAUGGCCUUCUUAGAGCGGAGCAAGUGGCAUGUUGACUAAACUUCCAAACAUACAUCUAUGCAGGAAGCACUCCCUGCAGAUCCAAAAACUGAGGUUCUCAGCAAGGUUAUGACUUGCCCAAGAAUACAUAGCUCCUGGGGGUAAAUCAAGCCAUCACUGCUUCUAUUCAGCAGCAGGACUAGGCUAUGAGUUGUUAGCACUUUUUUUUAAAGCAAUUACUUUUUGUCUUGUUCCUCAAACUGAAAAGGCAAGAGGCGUACACCUUUCCCAGAGGUAGACUGGAAUCUGCAGCUGCCGUGGUACUACCCACUGUGUAGCUCUGCCUUCCCAGAGUGAAGGGAGGUUUAGAAACCAAAUGAUCUGAGCUGUUAGUGCCCACCCUGUCUUUUCAGGGUAGAAAAUUCAUGACAGGAAUAACUGUUCAGAGAGAGUCGUUGGAACUGAGGGUUGACAUGAAAGGCUGGUGCUUUAAUAUAUCUGCAACUAGAGCAGCCACCAAGCAUGACUUGCUUGCCCAGCAGCAAGAAAAUGAUCUGUAUUUGAGUUCAUGAGUCCAAAGCUGAGGCACUAUGUUCUUUGAAAACAUGCCACUUCAUGGCCUCUAUUUCUGGGCCUUGUGGCUGCAGAGCUAGUUGACUCCUGAAUUGGGAAGGAAAGGGGAAAGAUGCAGUUGGAAGUGACCAGAGAUGAUGUGGUGGUGGGGUUAAGGCAGAAUAAGGGAGAAGAGGCUGAGGGCCAGGGCUGCACAUAUGUUCCCAGUGGAGCCAGAGGUGCUCAAGCUCUUCUUGGGGGGCGGGGGGUGUCACUUGCCACCCUCUUAGGAGUCAGGGCCAAAGCCACUGAUUUAUAUUUGAUAGUGACACUGCACUGCUCAACCAACAACCAGUGGGUUAUUUUUUUUUUUAAGUAUUCCCCGUUGUAAUCAUAAUUACUGCUUAUUAAGGAAAAAUUGGGAAUUUAAAAAAGAUACAGUUUGCCACUCAAAUGCUAUCACUAUUACUCUUUUGGUGUUAAAUGUUCCUCUAGACAUUUCUGUGCAUAGAUUUUUGGUGUGUUUACAUAGUUGUUAUUCUACUGUAUAUACAAUUUUAUGUCCCUUUUGUACUUAACAUAUAAA